CUGCCAGCUUGGAGCUGGCCGUGCUCCAUCGGGGGCAGGGUGGGGGUGAGGGUGCAGAAUAGUCUGGAAAGGAACUCUCUGGUGAUUCUGAAUGCCAUCCUCAGCAGGCGCCCACCAGAGGGCGGGAGUAGGGAGUUGUGCCAACCACCGGGGGUAAGGGCAACCAGGCAGGGCACCUGAGGUUCCACGUCCCAGGCUGGAAGCAGGGAAGCUGAGCUGGCCUGGCUGUGGAGGGUGACAGAUGGAGUGGCCAAGCCCUCCUCCUACUAACCCCACCCCUCCGCCAUGUCUGCAUAGGGGCUGACUCAGCCCGUUCCCCAGCCCAGAACCUUCCCUGUGUUAGACCCUGGGGCCUUUGUCCCUGUAGUCAGGAGGUCUGAGGGGGUGGGGACAGUGUUGACAAAAGGCUGCAGAGACAGCUCCCACACCUUUCCUCAGAGCUGCUGCCCACAUGCAGGCCCGGACACAGCCCCUAGCCCAGGCCCUCCCCUUCUCCCUUGGAGGGGCCCUGCGAGACGCUGGACUCCGAGUGCCGGUCGUAAAGAUGGGCAUGGGCACCACGUGGGAGGGCCUGCAGCGGACCCUGAAGGCAGCCGCCUACAUGCUCCUCUGCUGCUGGUGUAUCAAGGAGCUGCUGGACUGAUGGCGGCAGGGAACUGCCUCCCUGCCAGCGCCAGGGCUGAUAUCACUCAGUGCCCAGCCCAGCCCCCAUCAAGACCCCUGGGGCCAGCUGCGCUUGACCAAGGAUGGGCCACAAACAAUGAGUGAAGUGUGCAUCCUGCUUUGAGUUGGUGCCAUCUGUCAGACCUGCCGCAUCUCUGGGCCUGCUUUCCCAGCCCCCACCCGGUGGACCUCUGAGCACAGGACCUUGGCCUGCUGGCUAGGACCCCAAUAAGACUGCAGCAGGACUUGGCACUCCUCCAAGCCUGGCACAGUGAGCCCACCAGCCCAGAUGGUUGAUCUGUAUCCUCUUAGUGCCAGGAAUGGGAAUGCCCCCUAAUGUCCCUGUUUGAGAAUCACUGAACUAUACAU